GCCAUUGCAUGCUGAAACUACCGCAGCCAAUCUAAUGCAUUGAAAUCUUGAAUGAAGGAAGACUGAUUGAUGACAGCUCCCAAACUCAAAACAGCAUGAAUAUCCAGCUGUUAAGAACUAUUUAUCAUUCGAAAUGGAAGACAGAAUUGCUCGCACACCGGAAGAAACUUUCAAGAGUUCUGACAAAUUCUCCAGGAGCAGCGUGGAACAGGUCGAGUUCGUCCAAUGUCCGAGGUCUCUCCUCUGUAGCGGGCGCGUCGGGGCCCACUCCCGCCGUCGCUCCCGUCUCCGGGGCCGCCCAUCACGAGCACCUGAAGUGGACGUACUACGAUGAGGUUUACCGGAGAUCGAUCAGCGAUCCAGUGGAGUUUUGGGGCGAGCUGGCAGAACAUGUGACUUGGUUUAAGAAAUGGGACACGGUUUUGGACGACAGUAAAUCUCCUUUUACACAAUGGUUUGUCGGUGGUGAGACAAAUAUUUGUUACAAUGCAGUUGACCGGCAUGUAGACGCAGGGUAUGGUGAUCAAACAGCGAUUAUCCACGACAGCCCUGUAUCAAACACCAUAGAGAAGAUCACAUAUCAACAACUCCAGAAUGAGGUAGCCAAGUUGGCCGAUGUUUUUGUUUCACAAGGGGUGAAGUACGGAGAUCGUAUCAUCAUCUACAUGCCAAUGAUUCCCCAAGCAAUGAUAGCGAUGCUUGCUGCAACACGCAUAGGGGCAGUACACUCAUUGGUGUUUGGAGGAUUCGCGUCCAAGGAGCUGGCAGUUCGCAUCAACCACUGCAAGGCUAAGUUAGUGGUGUCGGCGUCUGUAGGCAUCGAGCCAAAUCGAACUGUAGACUACAAGGAACUCCUCAAUAAAGCCAUUGAUAUCAGUGAACACAAGCCAAAGCAUUGCAUCAUCUUCAACCGACCAAACUUUGCACCCGCUGAAUUGAUCCCAGGUCGUGACCUUUGCUGGCAAGAGGUCAUGUCAAAAGCCAAAGGGCAUGACUGUGUUCCUGUCUUAGCCACUGAUCCUGCUUAUAUACUAUACUCGUCAGGAACAACUGGUAUACCCAAGGCGAUUGUGAGACCAAGUGGUGGCCAUGCUGUUGCUCUAAACUGGUCUAUGAAGAGUCUGUAUGGAAUCGACCCUGGUGAGGCAUGGUGGGCAGCCUCUGACCUGGGCUGGGUCGUAGGUCAUUCCUAUAUCUGCUAUGCACCCUUGUUGGCAAGAUGCCAAACCAUCAUCUAUGAGGGUAAGCCGGUCGGCACGCCAGACCCAGGGGCAUUCUUCAGGGUUUUACAGCAGCACGAUGUGGCUGGAAUGUUCACCGCUCCCACAGCGCUAAGGGCCAUCAUAAGGGAAGAUGCAGACGAGAAAUACUCCAAGAUGUAUCCUCUGACUAAAUUCCGAACGCUGUUUGUAGCCGGUGAACAUUGCGAUAAUGAGACAAUGCAAUGGUGUAAGGACGUUUUCAGGACACCGGUACUAGACAACUGGUGGCAAACAGAAACCGGUUGGCCAAUCACAGCUUCUCCUGUCGGCCUUGGAACGGAUCUGAACCCCAGACAUGGAGUUACAGGCAAACCCGUACCUGGAUGGAAUGUGAAAAUCCUGAAUGACAAUUGCCAGGAAGUUGCGCCAGAAGAAUUGGGACGCAUCACAGUCAAAUUGCCUCUGCCACCAGGCACCAUCAGCACAUUAUGGGAGAAUGAUGAACGAUACGAACAGACCUACUUCCAAACAUAUCCAGGCUAUUAUGACACGAUGGAUGCUGGGUAUUAUACAGCAGAGGGAUACGUGUCUGUCCAAUCCAGGGCUGAUGAUGUCAUCAAUGUAGCAGGCCAUCGAAUCUCAGCUGCCGCCAUUGAAGAGGCCAUCGUCGAUCAAGGAGAUAUAGUUGAGUGUGCAGUCUUCCCAAUGAAAGAUAAACUCAAGGGAUUGGUCCCAGUGGGACUCUGCGUUCCCAAAAUGGACAUUGACAAAUCUCGUGAGCAGAUAGUCCAGGAGGUGAUUGAGGCCGUGCGGCACGGUGUGGGGCCAGUGGCAGCUUUUAAACGGGCUGUUCUCAUCAACAAAUUACCCAAGACAAGAUCGGGCAAGAUUCCAAGAGCAACGGUUGCCGCUUUGGCGGAUGGGGAGCCUUUCAACAUUCCACCGACGAUAGAAGAUGCAACUGUCUAUGACAAUAUCCGGGAAGAACUGGAAAAAUCCGGUAUCAUCCGGCCCAAACCGGUCUAAUCUAGUGAUAGAUGCUAGAGCCCCUUCCAUUUUGGAAUCUCCAGUCGGCAGAAGAAGAAAAUUUUACAAGGAAACAUAAGCAGAGGUCAGUUUCACUUUCUUAUUAUGGACUGAGGGCUGAAGGUUGUGUGUAACUUUCUUUAAUGGAUUUGGGUACCUUUGGUAACACAAAACACAAUGUCCACAGAUUUA